AUAAACAGCUUGUUAGUUGUAACAUAUAAAGGUUGCGUUGGUUGUGAUUUGCUUCACUUAAAGCUUCAAGACCCAAGUAACCCUCCUCUUAUAUUCAUAUACAUGGUUUUCGGGGUCUUUAUUAGUAAGAAUCGCCAUGUCUAGUACCUGUAGUAAGAGCAUAAGUAGUUCAAGUGAAGAUGACAGUGAACUUCGGAGAGGACCAUGGACUCUUGAAGAAGACACUCUGCUCAUUCACUACAUUGCACAUAACGGUGAGGGCCGUUGGAAUUUGCUAGCAAAACGUUCAGGAUUGAGGAGAACUGGCAAGAGCUGCAGAUUGAGAUGGUUAAAUUAUCUAAAACCAGAUGUAAAGCGUGGAAAUCUUAGCCCACAAGAACAGCUUUUGAUUCUUGAACUCCACUGCAAAUGGGGUAAUAGGUGGUCAAAGAUCGCACAACAUCUACCAGGAAGAACGGACAAUGAAAUCAAGAAUUAUUGGAGAACUCGGGUGCAGAAACAAGCUCGGCAUCUUAAGAUUGAUACCAAUAGCGUAGCAUUUCAAGAUAUUAUUCGAAACUAUUGGAUGCCGAGGUUGCUUCAAAGGAUACAAGAGUCAUCUUCUUCAGGGGUGUUAUUUCAAAACUCAGCAAUCCCUCAGCCUCUUGAUAGUGCCUAUCAACAUUCAGUGACAACAGCACCUGCACAAGUUGUGAUGCAGGGACCUCUUCGUUUGAGUGAAACAAUGCAAAGUUUGGAUCACCAUGAGCAGAAUCCAGAGUCAGAAUCAAUGAAUGUAUUACAAAUCCCUCAACUUUCAGAAUGUCCAACAAGUCAAUUCCAUGCUAAAGUUAACAACGACGAUGGCACAUUUGUAAAGGAUUAUUACUAUGCUGACAACAAUAGCUAUGAUAUGGAAGCCUUCAACUUGGAAAGUAUUUCACCACUGGAAAAUUUUGAAGAUUCAAGUAGCAAAUCCCAUGUUGUAGAAAAUAACUGGGCUGAUAAUGAAUUUUCAGGUAGCAUGUGGAACAUGGAUGGGCUAUGGCAAAUAAGGAACUAGAAAGGGAAACAUAGGUUCUUGUUUUUGGGAGAAUCCACAAACAAGUGGAUGAAGUUUGUGACAUAGAUUAGUUUCUAGGAAAAUUAUGUCAUUUGUCUUUUUUUCUUUUUUCUUUUUUAUUGAAAAAAUUAUGUCACUAAGUUAUCGGUAAUGAUUAAUAUUUGUA